UUGAGUUUGAGUUUGACAUUUGUCAAGCCAAUUCCUUUUUUUGAAAGAAUUUGUUGAAAGAGGAUAAUACAACAAACAAAAUGGGUAAAGGAAAUAAUAUGAUCCCCAAUGCUCACUUUCACAAGUGGUGGCAAAGACAUGUAAGAACAUGGUUUAACCAACCAGCACGUAAGCUUCGCCGUAGGCAAAAUCGUAUCAAGAAAGCGAAAGAACUAUUCCCACGGCCUGCAAAAGGUCCUCUUCGGCCAGUUGUUAGAUGUCCAACAAUACGUUACCACACAAAACUCCGUGCCGGACGUGGUUUCACUUUGGAAGAAUUGAAGGGAGCUGGUCUUAGUCCUGGAUUCGCACGUACUAUUGGUAUUGCAGUUGAUCGCAGACGUCGUAAUAAGUCCAUUGAAUCAAGACAAAGAAACGUACAAAGAUUAAAGGAAUAUAGAAGCAAAUUAAUCUUAUUCCCAUUGAACGAAAAGAAAAUAAGGAAAGGUGAAUCAACUGUUGAAGAAACUAAAUUGGCAACACAGCUUAAAGGUGAAAUUAUGCCUAUUAAGAAAGAACAACCUGUUGUUGAAAUUAGAGAAAUUACCAAGGACGAAAAGAAAUUCAAAGCAUUUGCUACACUUAGAAAGGCUCGUGCUGAUGCUCGUUUGGUUGGUAUUCGUGCAAAACGUGCAAAGGAAAAUGCUGAAAAUGAAACUGAAGCUAAAGAGAAGAAAGCAAAAAAGUGAAUUAAGUUUUAAUAAAAUUUUCAUUUUAUGAAAAAAUAAUAAAACAGUUUUUUUCAUUUGCAAACA